GGGAUUGGGUGGUGUUUGUCGUUUUUAGAAAUGGCGUCUUUACUGCAGCCGGAUCGAGUGCUUUACCUUGUUAGUGGUGAAAAAAAGAUCCGCUCCCCGCUGUCACAGCUGUACUUCUGUCGCUACUGCAGUGAACUUCGCUCACUAGAAUGCGUUUCUCAUGAGGUGGAUUCUCAUUAUUGCCCUAGCUGUUUAGAGAACAUGCCUUCAGCGGAAGCCAAGCUGAAAAAGAACAGGUGUGCAAAUUGCUUUGACUGCCCUUGCUGUAUGCAUACCUUAUCAACACGUGCCACUAAUAUCCCUGCCCCUCUUGCUGAUGAUCCUGCCAAGACAACAAUGAAGAAGGCCUACUACCUUGCAUGUGGCUUUUGCCGAUGGACCUCUCGUGAUGUUGGAAUGGCAGAUAAAUCCGUUGCUAGUGGUGGGUGGCAGGAGCCAGACAAUCCACAUUCCCUUCGGAUUAGCAAAUUAAUCGAGUACUACCAACAACUUGCUCAAAGAGAAAAGGUAGAACGGGACCGGAAGAAGCUGGCUCGACGACGUGCCUACAUGCCUCUGGCAUUUUCGCAACACACAAUUCAUGUGGUGGAAAAAUAUGGCCUUGGAACAAGGCUUCAGAGACAAAGAUCUGGAGCACCCAUCAGCAGUAUUGCUGGACUUUCACUUAAGGAAAAUGAAGAUCAGAAGGAGAUAAAAAUUGAGCCUGCUCAGGCAUUGGAAGAGGUUGAACCUUUGCCGGAAGACUAUUAUACCCGACCUAUUAACCUUCCAGAAGUUACCACUCUUCGGCAGCGUCUUUUGCAGCCAGAUUUCCAGCCAAUCUGUGCUUCACAGUUAUACCCACGGCACAAGCAUCUGCUCAUCAAAAGAUCUUUACGUUGCAGGAAAUGUGAGCACAAUUUAAGCAAACCUGAAUUUAAUCCAACCUCAAUUAAAUUCAAAAUUCAGCUUGUGGCCGUAAAUUACAUUCCUGAAGUAAGAAUAAUGUCGAUACCUAAUCUGCGAUAUAUGAAGGAGAGUCAAGUCCUUUUAACCUUAACAAACCCUGUAGAGAAUAUCACUCAUGUUACUUUACUUCCAUGCGAAGAAGGAGACCAGGAUGACCAAAGCACUGCAAAAGUUGUGCUUUCACCCAAGGAGCUAGUCUUGGCUGGCAAGGAUGCUGCAGCUGAAUAUGAUGAGUUAGCAGAACCUCAAGAUUUUCAGGAUGACCCAGACAUUGUUGCUUUUAGAAAAUCCAACAAAAUUGGAUUUUUUAUCAAGGUCACACCACAGCAGGAGGAGGGGGAAGUGACAGUGUCAUUUAAACUCCGACAUGACUUCAGAAAUCUGGCGACACCAAUCCGCCCCAUGGAUGAAGGGGAACAAGGAACAGAGGCAGUCUGGCUUGUUCACCAUGUGGAGCUUAGUCUGGGGCCACUGGCUGCAUGAAUUUGACCAAAAAAACUAUCCUUAAUUUACACCUGUACAUUUGAUUAGCAACUUGCUAUUGCAAAAAGUGAAAUAAUCUGUUUUGCAUAACAGCAAAUAAGAACAUAAAAUGCACAUUCUGGUUACAGUAAAAUAUCUUCAGUCCCAUUCUUGUUGCACAGUCAAGAUUAGGCUAAAUGUUAUAUAUAGUUUAGAAUACACAAAGCUAAUUAAUAUUUAUUCCACAUGUCAUGUUAAAUAGCUUUUUUAAUGUUCAAUGCAAAGCUGAAUGAGAGGAAGAAGUGCUAACUUUAAGUCUGUAUUAAUAUAUAGGUGUACUUAAGCAACAGUUGUUUGGAGAUUAUUAUGCUAGUCCAGUAUGUUCGCAGCAUGAAACAAAUUGAAUCCCCUGUCCCCUUUAAAAUAAAUUACUUUAGUUUAUCUUGUCAUAUUUAGUCAUUUAAAAACACAAAUAGCUGUACUCAGCUUAUCAUUAAUUCUGAUUUAUUGAAUAUGGUAUACCUGCUACUCAUUUAAUGGAUAUUUACCUGAAAGGAAAGCUGUGUUUUUCCUCAAAACCAUGGGUUUGACAUACUUAAUAAAUGGCUAUUAAAAUCUUAAUAAACCACUGUAUAGGAAUGAAACCCUCCAACUCAUCUUGAGCUGAAAUGAGUGGAUUCAGUGAAUGAAUGGAUGGAUGGAUGGAGGGAGGGAGUAUUUUCACAAAAAGUAUAAAAGUUAUUGGUUGUAUAAUCUGCCCUUCCUCUAGAAACUGCCCAGUGCUAAAUUUGGCUAGCUUCUCCUACAAGAAAGCUACAAUCAGCAUUUACUUUGUUUGCAUUUGCUUAAUAUUGUUAUUUAAAAAUAUCAAUAAAUAAAAAAUGUACAUAA